CAGCGACAGUACAUGUACACAAGGUCAAGGCUUCUGUCCUCCGGCUUUCUGUUCGUACUGUAUGUAAACGUACCACUAACAAAGCUCUGUGCAGUGCCCGACUCAUUCUGUAUCCUCCGUCGCUCCACACACUCCACUCGAGUUGCCUUUUACUAGUCGCUGCAACCGUGUUGUCGAGCUCCAAAGUAGUCGGAGCUGCGAAUCAGUCCACGCUUGCCACGAGGCCUACCCAGUCUAUCAACAACGCGCACGAUAGCAACAUGACGGGCAGAUUUCUGAGAGCAAGCAGAUAUGAGGGUACGCAAACUGAAGAGGAAUCGGAUGAUGAGGAGCGCAUGAAUUUGAACCUGAGCCCGGCAGCAGAAAAAUGGCUGGCAGGAUUAGCUGGCAAAAGUGCUGCUGAACUGGAAAAGCUAGCUCAAGCACCGAAGAAUGUCAACGUAGAGGAGGUGCUGGCGCAGUUGAUGGCAAACGCCAAGGCCCAUUUCAUAAAUUUAGCUGAGAACGGAAUGACUCCGAGCGUCAUGUACGUGAAGAAUAACAUCGAAGCGAAGCUCAAGAUGCCCGAGAGAUGGCGGAUGCGUGAUCCUGGCUACCAAGAAUACGUGCGUUUCAAAGAUUUUUGGGACGACUUGCCCAAAGAGUUAAAGGAGAUGUUGAUGGCUAGAAAUGCCAUGUAACUUGGAUGAAGAUGGACGUGGUAGAUACAACAGCAACUAUUUGUUAAGCUGUGGUAACAGAAAUUAGCAGUCAAUAACAUAAUAUCCGAAAAUAAAAAAAACCAAUCAAGUUUUUAAUGGU